AUGUUCGGCAGUGGCCAAUCAGGGGCGAGCUCCCGACGGGCAGCCAAUGAGGAGCGCGCUCGGCGGCAGCCAGUGAGGGGCGCACCGGCUGAGGGGUCCAUUGCCGAGCCCGCUCUCCACAGACGAAGAGCGACCGUUGGCGCCAAGCUGGAGGGUGAACGCCAUCGUCUAGCUCCUCUGGGCGGGUUCUCCUUGCCCGACCUUCGCAUCAGCCUUCACUUCAGCGAGUCGGCGGAGCCGUCCACAGUGGCCGGGGCUGAGGGCCAAGGCCGUCGGGGCUCCGGCCGGCGCCGGCCGAGGAGCGAGUAUGAGUCAGAGUCCGGCUCGGCUUCCGGCUCCGGCUCUGAGGAGCCCUCGCCGCCACCGCCGCCGCCUCCGCCGACGCCUCCGUCGACGGCUGCCUCGACGAGCAGCUCGACACCCCCGGCCAGGCCCACCUCGCCUCCCAGGAGCUCGACGGCGUCGCCGCCCCGGAGGAUGUCCACACUGAGCAGCACAAUGGCCUCCAACAGCGACCUGGCCAGUAUCUUCGAGUGUCCGGUGUGUUUUGACUACGCACUGCCGCCCAUCCUGCAGUGCCAGAGCGGUCACCUGGUAUGUCACGACUGCCGCCCGAAGCUCACGCGCUGUCCGACCUGCCGCGGCCCGCUGGGCACCAUCCGCAACCUGGCAAUGGAGAAGGUGGCCAAUUCCGUGCUGUUCCCGUGCAAAUACAACCCGUUCGGCUGCGAGUAUGUGCUGCCCCACCAGGAGCGCGCAGAGCACGAGGAGACCUGCGACUACCGCCGCUACCCGUGCCCCUGCCCCGGCUCGGCCUGCCGGUGGCAAGGCCGCAUGGACACCAUCGUGGCGCACUUGGUCCAGCAGCACAAGUGCAUCACCACCCUGCAGGGCGAGGAUAUCGUGUUCCUGGCCACCGACAUCACCCUCCCCGGGGCCAUAGAUUGGGUGAUGAUGCAGUCUUGCUUCGAUUCGCACUUCAUGCUCGUCCUCGAGAAGCAGGAGAAAUGUCACGGUCAGCAGCAGUUCUUUGCAAUCGUGCUGCUCAUCGGGAACCGCAAGCAAGCCGAAAAUUUCAUCUACCGACUGGAGCUGAACGCAUCGCAGCGGCGACUGACCUGGGAGGCCAAACCGAAAUCCAUCCACGAGGGAAUUGAAACAGCCAUCAGGAAGAAUGACUGCCUGGUUUUUGACUCCAGCACGGCCCAGCUUUUUGCAGAAAAUGGCAAUCUGGGCAUCAGUGUCACCAUUUUCAGGUGUUGA